GAAAAUUCCACGAUGCUAUUGUUUUUGACUUCCUGAGAUUAUAAAAUUUUACUUACUUCUCAUUUGCAAGAAUUCAUCUUGUGCUCACACUGCACACUGUCGAAAUGGUUGUUGUAGUAACGUCUGUAUAGAUUACAGUUUAUAAGUAAUUGUUUUGUUUUUGUCCUUGUUUGUGUCCAACUAAAUUUUCUGUAGAUCUAAACUGACUUAUUGAUUCGCUGUUUUAUUUGUUUUCGUUUGUUUGUUUGUUUGUUUUUAUUUGUUUGUUUGAUUUUCACAUAUACACUAAUUUAUUAGAAUGAUAAAACAAAACAAGAGAUUGCGGAAGCAAUGUCAAUUCUACAGGAUCAGGCAGACGUAGCAACAAUUAAAACUUUAUUUCCACGUUUGUCUAACGGAGAAAUAGAAGAACUUUUCUCGUCGUUCACGAACAACAAUGAAAGAGUAUUGAAAGUAACAAACUAUCUACUUGAUUGUCAAGGUAACACUGGCAAUAACGCAACUAAUCGAGUCGAUGGUACCAAUUCACUUCCUGUAAGUAGCGCAACAACAGCUUCAACUUUAUAUACGACUAGUUUAGAUGCAAAUGCUGUUUACCAGACGUCGGCCUGUGCAUCCAACACAACAGAGAGGUUACAUAACAAUACUGCUAAUUUAGGAACCAACUCUAUUGCAGAUGGAGCUACGACAUCUUGUGAUUCUUCGAACAAGAGCAUCGCAACGGACAGAAAGCGGGAGUAUAUUUGUGUUAAUAAUUCAAACGUGGAUAAACAAAUUCUUGAUUAUAGAAAUAAACAAAGUCGCUGGUCAUCAACACAUUCUGGAGAGCUCGACCGCUGUGAGUCUGGUAUAAGAAUAUCAGGCCAUGGUUUCGAUUACGGAAAGAAAAAGACAACGAAUUCCAAGCAGAGAUCAUCCUCUACUGCUCUUUCCAAGAAUACAAACUUUUGUUCAAGUCCGACUAUUUCCGAUUCUUCUACUACUACUAUUACUUCUCCUUCGAAGCGUCCUCCUCAACCGCAAGAUGAUUCAUGCAUCAUCACGGAUCAGCAAAGAGGUUUAGCAACUAAUGAGCAGUGCCCUUCGAACAGCUCAAACGUUAAUUUACCAGAUGAAAAUUUCGAUGAUUAUGAUUUUAAGUGGUACUGGAAAGAGGCGAGUGCCUCUGACGACAAAGCGACGCGUUUUGAAAAAUGGUCGGAAGAAAAGCUAGAACAAAUUUAUCGAAUUCAUAAUGGUAAUUUUAAGUUAUUAAAAGUGAUGUUACGUAGAGACAGAAGGAUCGAAAGGUUUCAAGUCAACUUUUCAACGAUGAGACUUUUGUGUAAGAAAGUGCAAUGGCAUUUAAAACGAGUAAAAGUGAGUAAACAAAAAAAGAACCCAACAGAAGAGAAAGAAAAAGUCGAAACUCCCUAUCCAUCGACGUGGGAGGAACAACGCGACGACAGAGAACUGUUCACCGUUCCUGUUGGUGGUUCAGAAUGGCUUGAUGUUUGUCAGUUGUUUAAUGGAACAUUAGACAACAUGAAAAACGCCAUCACAGUGACGAAAGUCGAACGUGUGCAAAACAGAUGGCUGUGGAGAAAGUAUUGUCUGCAGAAGAAACUCAUGAUUGAGAAAAAUGGCGAGAAUAAUGUAAACGAGAAACUACUGUUCCAUGGCACUAGAUCAAACCAUCCCGUGUUGAUAUGGAAGGGCGAGAACAGUUUCGAUUUGCGGCAUUGUCAUUCAGGUAAUUGGGGCAAAGGGGCAUAUUUUGCAGAGAAAGCUGCAUAUUCGAUCAAUUACGCUUAUAAGAGUGGUAAUGGUGAAAAGCAAAUCUUUAUGGCAAACGUGUUGACAGGAUUUAACAUUAUGAUGGAAGGAGAUUGCUCCUUGCAACUUCCCCCUGUCAGACGAACCGAUUCGAAUGGUGUUGUAACGCGAUUUGAUUCAGUGUCUGGUUUGAGUUGGGGUUAUAAAAUCUAUGUAUUGUAUCAACUGGACGUAGCGUAUCCAUCUUAUCUCAUCACUUAUCAAGGACAUUGAUGCACACAGCGUAAGAAGAAGAAUGCGAUAUGGCAUCGGUCUCCACAAAGAUUGGUAUACAAAUUUAGCAGCACAUUCUAUAGUCAUAAAACAAGGCAACAUGUUUCCUUGAUUAUAUAUAUAUAUAUAUUUUUAUUUGUUAUGCAUUUUUUACUCAGUAGCAGCAUGAAUACUGCAUGAGAAAAAGAUACACAAGAAACUUAUAAAAACCUAAAUCAAUGUUUGUUGCAUUUGCAGUCAAGCAUGUAUCUAUGCGAACCAAAACAUAUUUGAUUUAUUUAAUGUAAAAUAAUUUUAUUGGAACCACUUCUUUCCUUUCUUUACUUUUCUAUCCUUAAAACAGAUUGAUAAAUAGAAUUUAAUAAUUAUUUAAACACAGUGGGGUUAACAGUGGGGUUAACAGCUUUGAGAUUAAAAGUCUUGUUCAUAAGAAAUCUAUGUUGAAUAUUUAGAGCCUUGUUACCUUAACUUUGGCAUUGAAAAAAUAGUGAUUGACAUUUUGAGGGAUUAAAACUGUUUUUACACCUGCAGAUACUACAUAUUUUGUUGACUUCGUAACGCUGUAAGGCCUUUAGUGUAAACAAGGCGUUAAGACGCAGUGACGAUGACAAUUCCAUGACAGUUAGUUAUUAUGUUAAUAAUAUCGAUCCAAAUAUCGGACUACCUGAUGCUGGAACAAACAAAAAACAAAUUAAAAAAGCUUCACUAUAGCUAUUGUAUUAUACUAGAUGUGGAUAGUUUUUCAUUUUUGUAAAUAUUCAGGCUUCUGUAUAAAAUUAGUAACAUAUUAAUUGAUUUUAGGCUUAGCAAUUUUGCAA